AUGGCAAUGGCUCUGCUCCCGCUACUGCUCUCGCUCCUCGUCGUCUCCUGCGCCGCGCAGUCGCCGGCCUCUUCGCCGUCCGCGUCCAAGGCUCCUCCGGUCAGCGCCUCGGCGCCGCAGGCCUUUGUCGCGCCACCGACAAAGGUGGUCUCGGCGCCGCAGGCCUCUGUAGCGCCACCGACAACGGCGGUCUCGGCGCCACAGGCCUCUGUCGCGCCACCGACAACGGCGGCCACGGCGCCGCAGGCCUCCGCACAGCCGCCAACAACAGUUGCCGCGGCACCGACACAAGCAGCCUCCGCGCCUCAGGUCUCAGCCGCGGCGCCGACGACAGCAGCCUUGGCGCCACAGGCCUCUGCUGCGCCGCCAACUACAGCAGCCUCCGCGCCGCAGGUCUCCGCCGCACCUCCUACUGCGGCGCCGCCGACCACAGCCGCCUCUCCACUGCUGGCUGCCACGUUGCCUCCGGUUGCCUCCCCGCCACUAGCUGCGACGCCACCUGUCUCUGCUACCCCUCCAGCCACGCUACCUCCGGCGACACAGCCUCCCGUCGCGUCACCUACCGUCGCCGUCGCCGCGCCAACCCCGACGACUCCGGCUCCAGUCGCCUCCCCGCCCCUGGCAAUGCCACCAGCGGCGCUUCCUCCAGCCACGCUUCCUCCAGCAAUGGCUCCGACGCCAUUUCUCGCUGCCCCGGUCCUGCCUCCCACCGCGCCACCGGUCACGGCUCCCGCGCCGGCCCCCGUGUCUCCGGCUCCAAGCAUCGCCCCGACCCCGUCGCCGACAGAAGCCCCCGCCCCGUCUCCCACCGAGGCCCCGACCCCGGCUCCCACGCUGGCGCCUACGCUCGCGCCGUUCAGCUCGGUGUCGGUGAGCCCGUCGCUGGCGCCGGGCCCCGCGCUGGCUCCGGAGGAGGAGUCGGCGGCGCCGAGCUCGCGCACCGGCGUCGACGCCGCCGCUCUGGUGUCGUCCUUGGUGGCCGCCGGGCUCGUCGCCUUGUUUUAA